AUGAGCAAAGGUCAUCAUCGUGAUUACAUCAACAUUACUGGUACACCAAAAGUUGGAUGUAAAUCAGAAAUUGGUCGCGUAGGAUACGAACAGUAUGUUUAUCUCAGCCAUGGUUCUUGCUUUUUAGGUGCAACAAUUUUGCAUGAACUUCUUCACGUUAUGGGUUUUGUGCAUGAAAUGCAACGCCCCGAUCGUAAUCAGUACGUAGAAAUAAAUUUCAAAGAAAUCCCGAACACAUAUGAAAAUCGGAAAAUAAUUGAAGAAAAUUUUGACAUAAUACCCAAUUCUGUAACACUUAGUCCAUAUGACUACGCUUCAAUCAUGCACGAUGGUAAAAGGUGGAUCACUGUGAAGAAAACUGGAGCUGUCAUCUGGGACCCACAAAACAAUGGCUACGGACUGAGUGAACUGGAUUUAAAACAUGUGAAUGAAUUGUACAACUGCUCAAUGAAUGGUGAACACAUGAAUGAGGCAUAG